AUGAGGUUACUCUUGCUGGUGACAGCACUGCUCUCAUGGAUCCUCCAAGUGAGGGGCAAAGCGGUUUUCGCUCACUUCAUGGUUGGCAACACGGCCGAGUAUACCGACUCAGACUGGGCGGACGACAUCAAUAAGGCGAAAGAGGCGCACAUAGAUGCUUUUGCUCUCAACAUGGCACAGGGCGAAGAAAUGAACGACAAAUCUGUCAAGGCCGUCUUUGCUAAGGCUGAACAGCUCGGCUUUCAUUUAUUCUUCAGCUUUGACUACGCCGGCAAUGGCCCGUGGAAGAAACAAGUCGUCAUUGACAUGUUGAAGAAGUACAGCAGCAGCCCAGCUCACUUCCGCCACGAGGGCAAGCCUUUCGUGUCAACCUUCGAAGGCCCUGCACAGGCGGACGAUUGGAUCGAUAUCAAGGCUCAAACAGGCUGCUUCUUCGUACCUGACUGGAGUUCCGAUGGAGCUAAGAGAGCUAUGGAACGUGCUGGAGGCGUCGCAGACGGCCUAUUCAGCUGGGAUUCAUGGGCCUGGGGUGGUCAUGAUAUGGAUACCUACACCGAUGCCUCGUAUGACGAGUUCCUAGGCGGGAAGCCGUAUAUGAUGCCUGUGUCUCCUUGGUUUUAUACCAACAUGCCAGGUUUCGGCAAGAACUGGCUCUGGCGAGGAGACCAUGCCUGGUAUGACCGUUGGGUGCAGGUCAACUGGUGGCAGCCUGAGUGGGUGCAGAUCAUCUCAUGGAACGAUUACGGCGAAUCCCAUCACAUCGGCCCCGUUAGGGAUCACGCGCUCGUUGCCUUCAAGACAGGCAAAUCCCCAUACAACUACGCCCUCGACCGUCCCCACGACGCUUGGAGGACUCUCUUGCCUUUCACUAUCGAUCUCUACAAGCACAAUAUCGCCACCAUCACGCAGGAAGGCGUCGAAUUCUGGUAUCGCAGAGUUUACCGCAAGGACUGCAAUGAUGGUGGCACUACGGGCAACACCGCAUCGCAGGUCCAGCUGGAGUACAAGCCCUCUGAGCUAGUGUCAGAUGAGGUUUUCUUCUCGGCACUGCUCACGGAGGAGGCGGAGCUGCAUGUUGUGAUCGGCGGAUCUGCGUACAGGAGCACCUGGAGGAACAAGCCAGAGGGCGGCGCUGGCAUCUAUCAUGGCGGGGUGCCUUUUGACGGCAGAGAAGGCGGCGUCGAAAUCAGGCUCAUCCGAGGCGGCAAAACCAUCAUGAGCGUGACUGGCCCAGACGUCGGACGGAAUUGCGGCAGCGAUGGCUACCACAACUUCAACCCAACCACGGGUGGCAGGAUGAUGGCGGCGUCACGCAGUGUGACGGUGCCGUCGCUUUCGAACCAGAUAUGCAUCGGUGGAUGGGGUGCCAACGACUUCAGCCGGCUCUGCAAGUUCACCUGCAGCUACGGGUAUUGCCCCAAGGGUGCCUGCGUCUGCACCACGCUAGGCACGGAGUUUGAAUAUCCCAACGGAACCGGCCCCCCCGGAUUCGCGCUCGAGGGCCGAGGUUCCAGUUACGCCGGUCUUUGUUCGUCAGCCUGCUCGUAUGGGUUCUGCCCGGAGGAGGCAUGUGGCCUAACGGAGCAUCCGUUGAUCGAGCCCAUGGUGUCACCCUUCCAGCCCCCGGCUUGUGUAUCCGGUACUGGCCCUGGCGACCUCGCCGCGCUUUGUAGCUUUACCUGCAGGCACGGAUACUGCCCUAUCGCCGCCUGCACAUGUUUGAGUCAGGGUGAGCUCGACUGGCUCGAUCCCACGGUUGACCUCAAGGCCGGCACCAUCAAGGACGACGGUCAUGGCUUGUGUGCGUUUGCCUGUUCAAGGGGCUAUUGUCCCUUUGACAAGUGCGUGCAGAGAGUCAUCGGAGACCAGGGCAGCCAGGAUGGCGGCGGCCGUGACAUCGGGAUGGUCAACCUCAAUCAGACAUGCUUCCGCAGCGAGAAGUGCGUCGAUAUUGAGGACGACAUCAACAAGCUUGGGUACUCCAAGGCCUGUGGACAGAGUUACAAGCGUGUCGGUUGGGACAAGAGCAUCUGCAGCGGUAUUGGCGGCAACUGGGGUCAGCCCAUCUGCUGCAAAGCAACAGACGCUCCGGAGAAGUGUAUGUGGAGAGGCAAUGGCGGCGACUGCAAUGGUCAAUGCCACGAGGGCGAGGUUACGCUGUACAAGUCUGGAAACGGUGGCUGGCCGGUAGAGUCCGGCGGCAACAACAACCAGUGUAGCCGAGGCUACAAGUACUUUUGCUGCAGUAUGGACAGUUAUGACGAGUUGACUGACCAGUGCUACUGGAGUGGUUGCGAAGAAAGUUGCAAAGGUGGCGAGCAUGACGUUGCAACAGCUGUCAGCUCACCCGACCAGACAUGCAACCUCUUCAAGUACAUGUCUCACUACUGCUGCAAGUCUUCUCAACCGCCACUCCGAAGCUGCCAUUGGGUCGGCAAGGGCGACUGCGCAGACAACACAUGCUCGGCCACCGAGGUGACGGUGCGGACCAACUCUCAAGGAGACAGUCUCGUGGAUUGUCUCUGGGGCCGGAAGAAGGCGCUCUGCUGCACCCCAAAUGACGAUGUCUUCGACACACCCACAUGUGGUGGAAGUCUUUGUGACUACCCAGGCUCCGGAUUCAACUGCGAUGAGGAACUUUAUGCGGACGACUACUCUGAUGAAGACGAGUGCGAACCGGCAUUCUGCCCCAGCCUUGACCGUCGUGGAAGCAAGCGACCACCGUUCAUAGUGGCAUGGGAGCAGGUUAUCAACGGUAUCGUCCGCAAAUUCAGACUUGAGUUACAGAUGAGAGGGGCUCCAGGCUCCAGCAACCUCCACAGAGCUACGCGAAGCACCCCGGCCAGCAACAACGUUUUCAGGAUGGUACAGAAUGAUUGCCGUUCGACAGAAAUCGAGGUCCUGGACAGAUCCACAAUGAGUUCCCAGGAGUUGAGAAAAUCUGUCGAUACGGAGCACAAUCCCGAUGGGCAAUACACCCGUGACUUUGUUAGGACCAUGGCCACUGGCAUCCUCCCCAACGGCUCAACCACUACCAACGGCCCUAUGCACGGCCCCGACCUCGCGGAUAACUGGAACGCCGAGGUCUUGCCAGCGAACUUGCCUCGUGCUGGAUCCAGUCAUACGCUGCGGACACCGAAUGGCUACUUGUUUGACCGCUUUGGUUCGCAGGGUAACCGGGAGCCGUUUGUGCUAUGCGAGCGCGUCAUGAACCAGAUGAAGGGCCGCAUCUACAACUUGCGUCAACCAUCACCCAAAGCGGAUAACGGCGGUAAUACUGGUGGCGGUUCUGGAUCCGGUAGUAACGACCCGGACAGCGAUGUCGGAGAACGGCCAGGUAUUAUAGGAGAUGAUCGGUUUGAAACGCUGUUAAUCAACAUGAUGAGUGGAGAUGUGGCAGCGCAAACAGAGAUGUUCGACAGCAUUCGGAUGUCCAUCGGCGUCUUCCGUUACAUUAAUCACCCUGACGCACUGCCGACGGUUCAACGCAAUCGCCGAGAAAUCCGGGCUGCGGUCAUAGCAAUAGCCAAGUUCGUCAGGCCCUUGAGCGAUGCCGCGGCGAUUCACCGGGAGUUUGACAGCAAUUGGUACCGCGAGGGCGCUGACAGAACAAGAGCGUGGGUGGCCGAACGUAUUUUAGAGAUACGCUUGAAUUUCGGUCAGCUCGAGCGAGAUGGUAAUUUGCCACCUAAUGCCGCCGAGGUUCAAGAUAUCUUGGACGCUCUUUCAGAUCAGAUUCAUUAUAUUCAACCACCGCCUGAUAUUUGA